AUGUUGCAUUUAAUUUACUCAUUUCCGGUCCAAUUACAGAAUCUAAAAGAAGGUAUAAAGAUAAAGUUAACACAAAGAGAAGUUUUACAAAAAACAGGAGUAAUAUUUGUAUUUAGAUGCAAGAUCAAUCUAAGCGCUGAUUUUUUGGAUACUCCUGAUUUUUAUUGGGAAAGAGAUAAUUUAGAAUCAAUUUAUCAGAGUAUAUAUAGUCAUUUAUUAAUUGGUAAACGAACUAGGAUAUUAAAUGAACGAAUAGAAUUAUGUAGUGAUUUAACACAUUUAAUACAUAAUAAAUUAACAGAUAAAACUCAUAUUAAAUUAGAGAAAUAUAUUAUAGCCUUAAUUUUAAUAGAGGUAAUGUACACUUUUUUAUUUCUUGAAUUUUUUAUGAUGGAAAAUUAA